CAUUUGGCGGGUCCAAAUAGAAUUCCAGCCAGAAAAGCUGCGCAUCAUGCGCCGGAACCAGCCCGGAAUUGGCCACUGUGGCCCCACGGUGCUGCACGUGCAGAAGCAGGUGCGGGCAUCAAGCCUCUCGCCAGCUCCCGCCCCGAGCCUCACCAGCGCCGUUCAGAGUGGAAUGUUCUGGGGCCAAGUCCUGCAUGCGGCCCGCGGCGAAGUUUGCUGCCCGCACCACGUGCGCUACACAGCUGCUCGUCCGAGCUCGCCGAGCCCUGCGCACAUGCCUCGCACGCCGGGAACGCCGAGCGCGCCGGGCACUCCGAGCUCUCCGAUGUACCUGUGGCCUUCGAGGGGCGUGUCACGUCCUAUGGAGCGCUUGGAGCACGGGUCGCCCUCCCCAAGCCCUCAAAGGUUGAGAGCUGGGGCGGGCGCAGGCGUAGUCUUUUGUGCCACGCCGCGGCUCCACGGCUGUGUGUUCCCCGCACCCCAUACACUGUGCCCAGCAUCGCCUCAAACGCCGUGCCCGGUGUCGCCCCAGGCACUGGGCCCAGCCUCGCAGCUGGCACCGUGCCCAGCACGGCAAGCGUCGCCCCGGCCGCCGCAGUCAGUGCAUCGUGCCCUGUCCUGCGGAAGGAUUGAGGUGUGCAGCGAGCCCCGGCUGAAGAGGUCCAACUCGGCCCCGGUCGCGGUCUCCACACGCCCUGAGGGUCCAGUGCUUCGUCCGCCCGGCAACCCUCCAGCGCGGGCUGCGCCACAGCCCGCGCAGAGAGCCCACCUCGCCGCGCAGCGCAUCCCCCCGAGGCUUCCUCCGAGCCCCAGGGUGCUGCCCAAGCCCAAGGCCACACCGAAGGCCACGCCCAGGGGUGCCCCAAGUGCCGCUGAGCCCAAAGCGCCGCAAGUUCCGAAGCCCACUGCAACUGCACGCCCACCCACCCCAACCACGCGGCCACCCAGCCUGAGGCGCACAUCCACACCUCGGACAUGGUCUAGAUCAGCAAGUCCAACCUCGCCUACGGUGCUUGGCGAUGCUACGACUCCCAGCCUGACUGCAAGGACCAGGUCUCCAAAUUCACAGAGAAGCCAGUCGCCCAAGUCGCCCAGACUGCCCAAGCCGUCAUCCAAGUCUCCCAAGCAAUCCAAGUCCCCCACAUCCCGAACAGAGGCCGCCGCAGUCUCAACGUCGCCACGCCUGCCGACACCCACACCCUCCCCGCGACCGAGCUGGUCGUCCAAGUCCAGGUCGCCCAGCCCGCGCAGCCCACGCAGCCCGCGGAGCGAGACUCGGGCACCCUCCCCGGAUGGCAACGUGGGCUUUGGCAACCCCUUUGUGCAGCUGAAGGAAAUCCGCAUGGAGGCGCAGAUUGGCUCGGGCAGCUUCGGCACCGUGUGGCGCGCCAGCUGCCGGAACCGCCAGGUGGCGGUGAAGGUCAGCGAGCGCAGCCAGGCGCGGGUCAUGUACCGGGAACUGGGCUUCCUCCAGCAGCUGCGGCACGAACGGCUGGUCUCCUUCCUAGGCUUCGCCUGGGGAAAGGAUCAGCUGAUUCUGGUCAUGGAGCUGAUGACCGGCGGCAGCCUGUCGGACCUACUCUUCGCCUCCCCGAAGAAGGCGACUUUGUCCUUCAAGCAGCGCGCCCUCAUGGGUCAGCAGGUGGUCGAAGGGCUCCUGUUUCUGCACGAGCAGAAUGUGGUCCACCGGGACCUGAAAACCAUGAACGUGAUCUUGGACGGGUGCCUGAACUGCAAGAUCUGCGACUUCGGGCUGACGCUUUUCAUGGAGAACACCCACGUGACGGUGCAGGGCCUGCAGGGCUCCCCUCGCUACAUGGCCCCGGAGCAGCUCGAGGUGUCCUCGGGCGCCCGCACCGCACGGAUCUCGGAGAAGGUGGACAUCUGGCAGUUGGGCUGCCUCUUUCUGGAGCUCUUCUGCCACAAGAUCGCCUUCUCGGAGCUGUCCUCCGUCAUGGCCAUCAUCGCGGAGCUGGUGGUCAAGAAGAAGCCCCCGGCCGUGCCGAAGGAUGCGGACCCCCGUGCGCAGGUCCUCAUCGACCAGUGCCUGCGCAUGAGUCCUCGCGCGCGCCCGGGUGCGGACACGCUGUUAGAAGCGCUCGGGCACUUGGUGAGCAUGUGAAGUGAUGGGAAUCCUGGAAGCUUCAUGCUGUCCAGCCGGAAUGCACCGGAAUUCGCCGUUUCCUGCAUGGGUGUCCCAAGUUGCCUUCACAAUGUGCAAGGCUGUCAAAUAUACAAUUUACACAUCUCAAGGGGCCCUCGGUGCUUGAUGGGCAGGGUUGCUCAGUGGUC